AUGCCGCGCUGGCUUUUCUCCGUCAUUCUGUUCGUCGGAGUGGCGAGUAUAAGAUACGAGUUCAAGGUUCCGAACGUGCGAAAUCCCGAUUUAACAAGGAAGAAAUACAAAUAUGAGCGGCCAGAGCAUGAUCCGUCAAUCAAGGUACCAGAGGACGUAAUAAACCAAUACGGAGAAGGUGCUGAGAAGUUUAUUCGGUUGGAUUAUGUGGAGCGAGUUUUCAAAACAUUGGACCAUAGGCUACCACCGCAAGUCUUGAAAGAAAAAAGUAAAGAGCUCGGCUUCAACGAGACGGACGAACAGUUGGCCAAAUUCAACUAUGAUGGUGACAUUAAUGCCAUCAUGACGAUCUUAGAAUAUUCAAUUUUGCAUAAGCAGUUGAACAAAUUGUACGAGUACAGAACAACGGUUAUUGACGAACUGUUAUUGGAGCAGGCAACUAAUUCCUCUAAUUCUACUUGGUCGAUAGACGUCUUAGACGAGUAUACGGUAAUCGUUUGAUAAUUAAUCGUUGUAAUGCAUUCUUCAGGUAACCGUUGCUUGCUCUUCUCCGAAAUACGGCCACACUGCUGACCACGUUUUCCAGUUCCGCAAUAAAAUGCACUACGCGAAGUUCAAGUACAUCUGUCCUCUCGAAGAAGGCGUGGAUGAGUGCGUAGCGAGCGCAAUUAUGACCACACCUGACAAUGAACAAGGAGUACCCAAAGACUGUCAUGGUCUCAGAACCACGCGUGGAAAAGAAGUCGAAAUACAGAAAUGGCGCAAUUUCCAUACAUGCGAAAAGGAAAACUUUAUCGAAAAACUAUACCCGGUCAGCUCUGAGUAGUCAUCUUAUUCACGUUUACCAGUAUUUUUUUCAGGACCUGGCUCAACGUCUAUCUCGAGUGGGUCUUUACAGUCUCUAUGAAAAUUUCUAUCACGACGAUCCAAAUGCGAAACUCGCGUUGAGGUUGGUUGGACAACAACUGAUUCGCAGUUUCCGAGAGGAAGUGCCAGACUUUACGAAAGAACGAAUCGACGCUCUUGAGCAUAAGGAAAGGUGGUAUUGGCAGAAUAAGUACGAGCACGGAAAACACUACAAAAUAGAUAAAUUUUUUUCACAUAUGCUGGAAGUCGGCUCGGACAAUAAAAUUAAAAUUUGA